CGAUCAAGAAACGACAGUAAGCCAGUCGACCAGCGACAAGCAUGGGAAGAGCACGUGUCAUUUAUAUUGUUGCGCACAACUCGGCAAGCUUAUACGUCGACUCGCACGAUUAUACCACCACCCCUACCGACUUUUUCACCACCAGUGAAAUGAACGUAGUCGGUAACGCCACUAACGUUGUAACAACCACCGAGAAAAAGACAUCAGUUUCUUCUUCUGUAGAGGUGGUUGAUAGUUCGAAAAUUGUAGUACCAUUGCGUACACCGAAUAUAGUGCCCGCGAAUGCUAAGUACAUCAGCGUACGCCGUCGGCCUGUUACGAUGCUACUCGCGGUGAUCGCGCUCCUUUGUGCCGGUAGCAGUGCCGAGGUAUUCACUAACACAUUCCUCGUGAAGAUGAGGCAGCCCGCGGAAAGACAUAUCGCCGAUCGCGUGGCUGCUAGGAAUGGAUUCGUUAAUCUUGGACCGAUAUUGGGCAGUCAGACGGAAUAUCACUUCGUGCACAAAGCUCUACCGCACGCACGGAGCAAGAGAUCCGUGCCCCACAUGAGAAGAUUGAAGGUGGAUCCUUUGGUGCACACAGCCGUGCAGCAGCCUGGUUUCAAGAGGGUGAAGAGAGGUUACAAGCCUCUCAGCGUGGAUAAUCUGGUGCCCCUAUAUCAAAUUAAAAAUCCAUCGAAUCCUGGCAACAGAGACCCGUCUGAUCCUUAUUUUCAAUAUCAAUGGUACUUGAAAAACACCGGGCAAAAUGGCGGGAAACCGAAGCUGGAUUUGAAUGUAAAAGCAGCCUGGGCUCAAGGUGUCACCGGGAAAAAUGUGACCACGGCUAUAAUGGACGAUGGGGUCGAUUACAUGCAUCCGGAUUUGAAAUAUAAUUACAACACGAAAGCCUCUUACGACUUCAGCAGCAAUGAUCCUUACCCUUAUCCGAGAUAUACCGAUGAUUGGUUCAAUAGCCACGGAACCAGAUGCGCCGGCGAGGUAGCGGCGGCCCGGGACAACGGGGUGUGCGGCGUGGGCGUAGCUUACGACUCGAAAGUAGCCGGGAUCCGAAUGUUGGAUCAGCCUUACAUGACCGACCUGAUCGAGGCCAACAGCAUGGGCCACGAACCUGACCUCAUAGACAUUUAUAGCGCCUCAUGGGGGCCGACCGACGACGGGAAAACCGUGGACGGGCCGCGAAAUGCGACCAUGAGGGCCAUCGUGCGCGGCGUUAACGAGGGUCGAAGAGGACUGGGCAACAUUUACGUGUGGGCCUCUGGUGACGGUGGCGAGGAGGACGAUUGCAAUUGCGACGGUUAUGCGGCCAGUAUGUGGACCGUCAGUAUUAAUAGCGCCAUCAACGAUGGGCAAAACGCUCAUUACGACGAGAGCUGUUCGAGCACCCUGGCUUCCACGUUCAGCAAUGGUGCCAAGGAUCCCAAUAUUGGAGUGGCCACCACCGAUCUCUACGGCAAAUGCACGACGACGCACAGUGGAACGUCAGCCGCCGCGCCGGAAGCCGCAGGAGUGUUUGCCCUCGCCCUUGAGGCCAACCCACAAUUGACCUGGCGCGAUAUUCAACAUUUGACGGUUUUAACUUCGAAGAGGAAUUCAUUGUUCGACGCGAAAGGGAGAUUUCAUUGGACGAUGAACGGGGUCGGUCUCGAAUUCAAUCAUCUGUUCGGUUACGGCGUAUUGGAUGCCGGUGCGAUGGUCGCUUUGGCAAAGAAAUGGAAAACUGUGCCACCACGGUAUCAUUGCGAGGCUGGUUCCGUGCUCGAAACUCAAGAAGUGACAAGCGAUCGAUCGAUCUUGUUGAAGAUAAAGACUGAUGCCUGCGCGGGGACCGAGUACGCUGUCAACUAUCUGGAACACGUGCAGGCCGUCAUUUCCGUGAACGCUACGCGGCGUGGCGAUUUGGAACUGUUUCUAACCUCCCCUAUGGGUACCAGAUCGAUGAUUCUGAGCCGGAGAAUAAACGACGACGACCACAGAGACGGUUUUACGAAAUGGCCUUUCAUGACCACUCAUACUUGGGGAGAGUAUCCUCAAGGGAAUUGGUUGUUGGAGGUGAGCUUCAAUACUCAAACACCUCAACACGGAUGGAUCAGGGAGUGGACCCUGAUGCUGCACGGCACCAGAGAGCCGCCUUACACAGGGCUCCCGGCAGCGGAUCCACAUUCGAAAUUGGCGAUCGUGAAAAAAGCGCACGAGGAACGAUCGUCGGCUAUGUAACGACGACCAUGAAGAAGACCCUAGAUACAUUCAUAUCGAGAGAUGUUCACGCGUCUACUAGUCUUAUUGUUUAAGGAUCUCAUUUUUACCAGCGAAAAACUUCGAAGUCGUCGAAGCUGUCUUUUCGUAAUAGUUGAUUAACCCGUAGAAGAAGAAGAAGAAGAAGCUUUAUGCAUGAUAAGCUCGACAAUUCUGAUCUCCUCUGAUAAUUUCUGUAUAGUUAUAUUCCAAUUUUUGCAGACUGUUGCAUUCUUUACGUACGAUUCCUGUGAUAUCGCGUGCUAUUUAUUUUUUUCCUACUAUUUUUCUUUCCUUUAGCCAUACAGCUUAUCUAUUGUUUUAAUUUUCUCGUUUUUACGAUAAGUUAUAAUAUUUAUUAUAUGACUUAUUAAGAAAGAGAUCGCGUUCUUUUCGAUAAUUUUUCCAUUAUUCUAUUUAAUUUUUAACUUAACUUUAUGAUCAUUAUAUUAAUUUUCAUCCAGCAUGAAAAUUAAUCUCAGAAAAAAAAAAAACAGAAUCUACGCGAUUCGCGUUUGAAAAUCGUUAUUCGCGUGAGCAUUCGAGGAACCUAUACGAACCUAUACGAAGUUUGAAGGGAAACUGACGAUUUCAGUUUUAUUCCACGCGACAACUCCUAUCAAUGAAUAUAAACAGAGAGAAAGAAGAAACAUGGUUGAAGGGAAAAACUUGAAAGACAUCAGAUCCAAGAAAUGUUAACUAAUUAACGCCAAAAGAGUCUCAGUUGGGAACAAUAAUCAUUCGGAAUUAUUCUCACAACUCGACGACGAGCCCGUCCGUCUCGUACCAAUUUAACCAUUCAAUUCGUAUAGCUGAGUUUUUAACGCGUGUCGAGUUGGCAGGGGAAAUAUCAAAACAGAGAGAAGAGGGAAGGGAAUAGAAUUUGGUGGUAGUCCACGCGUGCCAACGUUUCGUGUGAUUCGUCAAUGGAAGAUAUUUUCGAGGAAUCUUUACGAAAAUUUCGCGAAAGAGGAUAAUACGAACAUUUUUUAACAAUAUAUAUAUCGAUUCAUAUAGAUCGUUAUUAGAUCCUUAAAUGUUCGAUUACACGUGUGUAUGUAUAUAUAUAUAUAUAUAUAAACAUGCAUUCUCGAGGAAUGAAAUCGGUCAAGCGACGCUUGAUCUUUCCAAAUUGUCCAAUUUCCGUAGAGUUUUAAGGGAGGAUAACAAAAAAAAAAAAAGAAAUUAACCAAAUUAUAGCAAAUCAUAAUCAAUUAAUCUUUACGAUUGCAGAAGAUUUUCGAACAAAGAAUUCGAGAAGUAAUCGUUACACGGUACGAUUUUAUCGCGGUAAAAAUUUUCGUUUCUUUUCUAAUCUACUUUUUUUACGCGAAAAGAAAUUUUUCAGCUUCUUUUUUUAUCAAAUAUAGACUUUCGCACGAUUUACGUAAUAACGUAUAUGUACCGAUUCUGACGCGUCACGCGUUUUCUUCUGCCUUUAAGAAUUCCCAGCAUUGUACCUUUCCCCGCAAAAAAAAAUCUGUAUUCACCCUUGAACUUACAUAUCCACUCGUAUCCACGAUGAUCCCUCGAACACGACGCACAAUUGUAUUUCAGAUAAUAAGAACGAUUUUUUACCAAAAUUUGUCGAUUCGCGAGCUCGCUCGACUGCGUCAAAAGAAAAGAAAAGAAAAAAAAAAAAGAAAAGAAAAGAAAAAAAAAAAAGAAAAAAAAAACAAAUAAAUAAAAUAAAACGACCACGAUGAAAUAUAUAUACACAUACAUAAUAUAUGUAUAACAGUAGCGAGUCAAAAAGUCGAAGACUUCCCCCCCUCCCUUCCUCCAGGUAGUAUUCAAAAUUUUUAAAAAGAAAACACGUUGCAAAGGAACGUGCGCGUGUAGAAUCAAGAGUACACGUAAUUUAAUCGACGUUCGCACGCAUGGACUAGUUCGAUUCGAGGCAAUGCGAUCGAUCCACUUUAUCGCACGUGUUCCCUCUUUGAUUUCCAUAUCAUAUCUCGGUUUGUAUCUCUUAUCUUAUCUUAUUAUACGAGGGCAGAAUUCGAAUACGAAACGGAUAUAUUUACCAAGGGGGGUUCCCCUUAGGUUUUUGCUUGCGUUGUUCUACGCUCGCUCUAAACUAAAUAUUAGUCUAAUCAUUAGUCCAUGUACUUUUGUAAGAAAAGAAGAGAAAAGAAAAAAAAUGCGAGUGAAGAGAUUAUCUCGCCGUAUCCACGAGGGAAAUAUUCCCUCCAAUUUCAGAUAGAUAUUACAAUGUCUCAAAUGUAAACCAACCGACCGAGAUCCAUCAUCAGUAUUAGACCCAUUGAUUGAUUGAAGAAACUUCGUAGAGAAAUUUCCAUUUAUUAUUAUUAUUAUUAUUAUUAUUAUUAUUAUUAUUAUUAUUAUUAUUAUUAUUUGAUUAAAUCGACGCCUCUCGUCUUCUUGGCUCAAAGGAUUGUUUCACAUCUAUAUUUCGGAUAUUAUACGUAUAGGAAAGAUUCGAUCGCGCGAUUGGGAAUCAAUCUUUUGUGCUUUUCUCCAGAUGCGAAGAGAUUGCAAGAGGUUCCGGCCUCCCAAUUUCGCGGGACAAUCUUUCACAGAGAAUAACCGUUCCAAUGUAUUUACACGAUCUCUGCGUGUGCCCGAGAGCCACUUUCUUUUAUCCUAGAAAGAAUACGUGUAUUUUUUUGAGUAAAUUGAUCGAUUGACGCGUAGAAUGAGACUAAUCGAGAGAGAGAGAGAGAGA